CUCCAAGCUAGGGUGGAAGGACAUUGUCUUACUGGAGCAGGGCAGGCUGGCAGCCGGUUCCACGCGGUUCUGCGCAGGCAUCGUAAGCACCGUGCGGCAUUUGUCCAUUGAGCUGAAGAUGGCCGAUUACUCAAGGAGGCUCUACCAGCAACUUGAGCAAGAGACAGGUGUGAAAACGGGUUACACGAGGACAGGCUCCAUCUCACUAGCUCAGACCCAAGACCGGCUGAUCUCGCUGAAGCGCAUCGCCUCUCGACUCAAAAUCAUGGGAAUCCCCUGCGAGCUUAUCCCGCCAAAGAGAGUGGCCCAGCUCCACCCCUUUAUCAACAUCCACGACCUGGUGGGGGCCCUCCAUGUGCCCGAGGAUGCCGUCAUAUCAUCUGCUGACGUGACCCUUGCUUUGGCCAAUGCGGCUGCAGCAAACGGCGUUCAGAUCCACGAGCGAACCAGUGUCAUCCACGUUUUGGGCCAGAAGGGCUGCGUAACUGGAGUGGAUACGGACAGAGGGAUGAUUGAGUGCUCGUACUUCGUUAACUGUGCUGGGCAGUGGGCUUACGAGCUCGGCCUUUCCAACGAGGAGCCGGUCAGCAUCCCGCUACAUGCCUGCGAGCACUUCUACCUUCUGACGCGCCCCCUGAAGAGCCCCCUGGAGAGUAGCACUCCAACUGUUGUGGACCUUGAUGGGAGGAUCUACAUUCGCAACUGGCAAGGGGGCAUCCUCUCUGGCGGCUUUGAAAAGAACCCCAAGCCUAUUUUCACCGAGGGCAAGAACCAGCUGGAGAUACACAACUUGCAGGAAGACUGGGAUCACUUUGAGCCACUCCUGAGCGCCUUGCUGCGGAGGAUGCCAGACAUGGAGGCCCUGGAGAUAGUGCAGCUGGUGAAUUGCCCAGAAUCCUUUACUCCAGACAUGCGGUGCAUCAUGGGAGAAUCCCCCACCAGACAGGGCUACUUCGUCCUAGCGGGAAUGAAUGCGGCCGGUACCUCUUUUGGAGGUGGAGCAGGCAAGUUCCUGGCUGAAUGGAUGGUGAAUGGCUACCCCUCCGACAACGUCUGGCCCUUGGACCUGAAGCGCUUCGGGGCUCUGCAAAGCAGUCGCACUUUCCUCCGCCACCGGGUCAUGGAAGUGAUGCCCCUGAUUUAUGACCUAAAAGUUCCCCGCUGGGAUUUCCAGACUGGCCGGCAGCUCCGCACGUCUCCCCUUUACGACCGGCUGGAUGCCCAGGGAGCGAGGUGGAUGGAGAAGCAUGGCUUUGAGAGGGCAAAAUACUUUGUCCCUCCAGGGAAAGAUUUGCUGGCUCUGGAUCAGAGCAAGACCUUUUACAAGCCAGACUGGUUUGACAUUGUGGGGGCAGAGGUCAAGUGCUGCAAAGAGGCCGUCUGUGUCAUUGACAUGUCCUCUUUCACCAAGUUUGAGAUAAGCUCCACAGGGGGACAGGCUUUGGAGGUUCUGCAGUAUCUCUUCUCCAACGACCUGGACGUGCCAGUUGGGCAUAUUGUGCACACGGGGAUGCUCAAUCACAACGGAGGAUACGAGAACGACUGCAGCAUAGCCCGCGUGAACAAACGCAGCUUCUUCAUGAUUUCCCCCACAGACCAGCAGGUGCACUGCUGGGCCUGGCUGAAGAAGCACAUGCCUGAAGACAGCAACCUCUUCUUGGAAGACGUCACCUGGAAAUACACAGCCUUGAAUCUGAUUGGCCCUCGUGCCAUGGACGUCCUGUCGGAGCUCUCUUACGCGCCGAUGACACCUGAGCACUUCCCUUCCCUCUUUUGUAAGGAGAUGAGCGUCGGCUAUGCCAACGGCAUCCGUGUCAUGAGUAUGACGCACACGGGGGAGCCAGGCUUCAUGCUCUACAUCCCCAUCGAGUAUGCCCUCCAUGUGUACAACGAGGUGAUGAGCGUGGGGCAGAAGUACGGGAUCCGGAACGCUGGCUAUUACGCCCUCCGCAGCUUGCGCAUUGAGAAGUUUUUUGCCUUCUGGGGCCAAGAUCUGGAUGCUUUCACCAGCCCUAUGGAAUGUGGGCGAGAAUUCCGGGUGAAGCUGGACAAGGGCAUGGAUUUCAUCGGGAGGGAUGCGCUGAUGGCUCAGAAGCAGGAAGGGGUCUACAAGCGCUUCACCAUGUUCAUCCUGGAAGACCAUAACACGGACCUGGACUUGUGGCCCUGGUGGGGGGAGCCCAUCUAUCGCAACGGCUGCUACAUGGGCAAGACCACCAGCAGCGCUUACAGUUACACGCUGGAGCGGCACGUUUGCCUGGGCUUCGUUCACAACCUGGACCCCGAGACCGGCAAGGAGCAGCUGGUCACCCCAGACUUUGUCAACCGGGGCGAGUACGAGAUCGACAUUGCGGGGCAGCGCUUCCAAGCCAAGGCCAAGCUCUACCCCUUCAGCUCCCUGUUCACCUCCCGCCGGCGCAAGGACGAGAUGGAGUUCAGCGGCUUCCAGGGAAAAUAA